AUUUGCUAUAUGACGAGUAUUAUUAUCCUCACUGCCAGCCUUGAUAAUGCUGUCAUCGCAGCUGAUUCCCUCUCUAUUUGCAUGAAUUUCAAUGGGUAUGAAGCUAUGUUGUUCAUUGGAAUAAAUGCUGCAGUGAGUGUUCGAGUCUCCAAUGAGCUCGGAAUGGGACGUCCUAGAGCAGCGAAAUACUGUGUAUAUGUGACAGUAAUGGAGUCUCUCCUCAUUGGCCUUUGUUGCAUGGUUGGGAUCAUCAUAGCCAGGGAUCAUUUUGCUGUAAUUUUCACAAACAGUGAAGAUCUACAGAAGGCUGUCUCUAAGCUAGCAUACUUUCUUGGGGUCACUAUGGUUCUCAACAGCAUACAGCCAGUAAUAUCAGGUGUAGCUGUUGGUGGAGGAUGGCAGGCAUUGGUGGCUUAUAUCAAUUUAGCUUGUUAUUACAUUUUUGGGCUCCCACUUGGGUACCUUCUGGGUUUCAAAGCAAACUUGGGUGUCAAGGGACUUUGGGGAGGAAUGAUAGCUGGGACAGCACUGCAAACCCUGCUUCUCCUGUUUGUUGUCUACAAAACCAAUUGGAAUAAGGAGGUGGAGCAAACAACAGAGCGCAUGAAGAAGUGGGGAGGCCAGAAAAUCAGCAAUGACAAGAUUGCU